AUGUUGACCAGUCCUUUGUAUCAUCAUCACGCAAGUCAUUGUGCUACGUCCGUACUAUCUAGAACACUUAAAAGAUCCAUUCUUGCAUCAUCAAGUUGGACAUUUACAAACGAUGGUGGUACAACGGAUCGUCGCUUUUACUCAACAUGCAGUUCCUCUCUCAAACAAGUCGAUAACAAUGUUGUGGAUGUUUCUGAUGAUCAACAACAAAACAUGACAUCCUUCCCAAAGAACUCUUCAUCAACAAUAAUAACAGAUGCACCUCCAAAAUGGUCAGAAUUGGAGAGUUCUCAAACAGAAAGCUUUUGGAGUCAUGGAAUUAAAACUCCGUUCUUUUUGGUGGAUCUUCAGGUGCUGAAUCGAAAUUGUAGAGCUAUGAUUCAAAAAGCAAAUGAAUGUGGAAUUUCAUUGCGAGCUCACGUAAAAACUCACAAAACAUUGGAAGGAGCCAAAUAUCAAACCAUUGGAUUGAAAGAUCCAAAACUAGUGGUGUCCACAUUGGCAGAAGCUGAAUAUUAUUCUGCUCAUUACAAAGAUAUUCACUAUGCUGUACCUGCGUUGUCAAAAUCCAAAUUGAAACAAAUUGAAACUUUAACAAGACGAAUUCCAAAAUUUCACAUCGAUGUUGAGAGUGAAGCAUCUUUGAAAAUCAUUGAAGAAUAUGCCAAGAAUCACAAUAUUCAAUUUUCCGUAUUUGUGCAAGUCGAUUGUGGACAACAUCGAGUUGGUGUUGAUCCAAACGAUGAAGCAUCACUACGUCUUGUUCAAAAGAUUCAUGAAUCUCCACAUGUCAAGCUUGCUGGACUCUACACACAUGCUGGACAGUCGUAUGCUUGUCGAGGAAAAGAAGAAAUUCGAAAAGUGACCAUCGAGGAAGCCAAAAUUGUUUCAGACUUUGCACAAAAACUGAAAACCUUGGGAAUUCAUGUUCCCACGGUUUCUGUUGGAUCGACACCUACCUGUUCUGUUGGAACGGCUGAGGAAUGGUCAAACACAUUAGUGAAUGAAAUUCAUCCUGGAAAUUAUGUCUUUUAUGAUUACAUGCAAACGAAGAUUGGUAGUUGUGAAAUUAAGGACUGUUCAGCAUUUGUGGUUGCUACAAUUAUUGGGCAUAGACCAAACAUGAAUCAAUUAACUAUUGAUGCUGGAGCACUUGCCUUAAGUAAGGAUAUUGGAUGUUCGAAUGUGAGCUGUGCUUCCUAUGGAUAUAUUAAAGAAGACGAAACUCUUCAGAUUACCAAUCUAACCCAAGAAAUUGGAAUUGUGACAAGUGAGAAACCUAUCAAUUAUGAGAAAUUUAGACUUGGUGCAAAGUUGACCAUCAUUCCCAAUCAUAGUUGUUUAUCAGCUGCUAUGUUCGACAAGUAUUAUGUUAUUAAUAACUCGAUAGAAGCCAAGUUGGUAGAUGUCUGGUCCAACAUUAGAGGUUGGUAG